AUGCGAGAUAAGAAGGUGACUGAAUUUGAGACCUCGAGACAAGGAAACAGGACUGUUGCAAAGUAUGAGGCUCAAUUUGCCGAAUUGGCCCGUUUCGCACCACAUAUGGUGGAUACAGACUACAAGAAAGCAAGGAAGUUUGAAGGUGGGUUACGGACUGCUAUCCUCGACCAAAUUAAUGUGUUGAAACUACCCACGUAUGUUGACGUGUUGGAAAGGGCAGUGAUUGCUGAAGGGGCAUGCUUCAAGUGUGACAAGACCGGUCAUUUGGCCAGAGAAUGUCCGCAAAAGAAUAGACAUAAUGGGAAUAGAACCACCGCAAGUUCAGCUGGGUCAACCCAAACCCCGACUACAAAGGCAACUACAAAACCCACCAACGCUAAGGACGCCACCAAACAAGGAAGAGUAUUUGCACUAAUUUCGGGUGACGUGCAAAAUACCGAUGCUGUGGUAUCAGGUACACUUUCUGUUAAUGGUCAUUCCGCACAUGUGUUAUUUGAUUCAGGCUUUACUCAUUCUUUUGUAUCAAAAGCAUUUGCUGGACAUUUAAAUAGGCCAGUGGAGCCACUAUCUUAUAUUUUGUGUGUAUCUACACCUUCGGGGGAGUCCAUGGUGUGUGCGUCUAUUUAUUUUGCAUGUGAAAUCCUAAUUGGGGAUGCUUGGGUAGAUGCCAACUUGUUGCCUCUUGAUAUGGUUUAUUUUGACAUAAUUUUGGGGAUGGAUUGGUUAAGCAAGUAUCGUGCGGUUAUAGAUUGUGUGUCAAAACAAGUCACCUUCCAACCCAUAGGACAAUCUGAGGUUGUUUUUAAGGACCAGGGAAUAGUUUCCCCACCCUAUUUGAUUUUUGCAAUAAAGGUGUGUAAGUUACUACAAAAGGGGUGUCAAGGAUAUUUGUGUAGUGUUUUGGAUGAACAACCAGUGAAUGGGAGCAUAGAUGCAAUUCCAAUUGUGCAGGACUUUCCAGAUGUUUAUCCAGAAAGAGUUACCGAGGGAGCUAAUUGA